AUGGCAAAAUCAUUGUCUCCUAAUUCUGGCUUGAUUGGAAUCGCCUAUCUUCCGCAUGGUACGAUGUUGUUAGAUCCAAAUCGUGAAGAUCUUCCUGAUGGUGUUCAAUCUCUUCAUUCAUCUUGCAUGAAAAUAAGUGAAAAGAUCGCUGAAUUAGAUCCUGAUCUUAUUAUUCUUUUAACUCCGCAUGGAAUAAAUCUUCAUCAAGCUAUAAAUAUCUAUCAGCCAGGUAUAUUAAUGAGUGGAGCAAGUGGAAAUGCUGAAUGGAAUAGCCAGUGGAGUGAUUAUAGCGUCGAUGUCAGUUUAGAUGGUGAAACAUGUCAAGAUUUAUAUCUAUAUCUAAAACAGCGUUUACCAAGAGUAGAAGGAAUGUUAGCUUUUGCUGGUUUAAGUGUUCCAUUGCGAUGGGGUGAAGUUGUGCCUUUAUAUUUUGCUUUACAUAAAUUAGCAUUUAAUACAGAAGGAAACAAUUCUACAGUUAAACAUAUUUCAAUUCAGUCACGACCUAAAGUAAUUAUUAUUGCACAACCAAUGAAAGGCACAACAAAUGAGGCACGAGAAACGUAUAUUGAAGAGCAACGACCUUUUUUAGUAGAAUUUGGUCGGUUAAUUCGAUCAUGGUGUAAUAAAUCAUCACAACGAAUACUUCUGGUUAUUAGUGGGGAUCAAGCUCAUACGCAUGCAUGGUCUACACAAUUACCGACAAUUUAUCAGCCUCAUCCGUCUUGUUUCUCGAAAUUUCCAAACAGUGGUACUGAAUAUUCAAAGUUAUUCGAUGAAUUUAUUCACAAUUGGAUAACUGGAAAAUAUAGAAAGUUGAAAAACGAAUUAUUUAGUUUAGAUGAAGAAUUACUACUCAAUCAAGCUGGAAACAUCGAAAAAUUUGCUCUUAGUUGUGGUUAUGUUGGAUCGUUAACAAUGCAAGGUGUCAUGGAAAAUGAUUUGAUACAAAAUCGAAUAGAUGAUUCAUCGAAACCAAUCGACCCAUCUUCUUAUUGGUUAUUAACAAAUUGUAUUUCUUCUUGUCCGACAUAUUAUGGAAUGAUGGCUGCUUUGUACAUUCGAAAUUUUGAACAAUAA